AGAAUAAAAGCCAUUUCUUCGGUUUUUUCGUUUCUCUCUCUUUCGGGGUGGUCUUCUUCUCCUUUCUCGCUCCGCUCAUAGUUCCUGCAAUUCUUCCGGCUUCCUGCUAUUCUUCCAGAACCUUCGGGAAAUCUCUGGGUUCAGGCGUCGAGGACUCGCAGCAGCGCUCUCUUCUCGAUCUGUACGCCUUCAAUUAGGGUUUGAGAGAUCGGAGAGGAGGAGUUAUGGCCAAUAGAGUGGAUCACGAGUACGAUUACCUUUUCAAGAUCGUUUUGAUCGGAGACUCUGGUGUUGGGAAAUCGAAUAUCUUGUCGAGGUUUACGAGGAAUGAGUUCUGCUUGGAAUCUAAGUCUACCAUUGGAGUUGAGUUCGCGACGCGGACUUUGCAGAUUGAUGGAAAGACAGUGAAGGCACAGAUAUGGGAUACGGCUGGUCAAGAGCGGUAUCGAGCUAUUACCAGUGCUUACUAUAGAGGAGCAGUUGGUGCACUUCUUGUUUAUGACAUAACUAAAAGGCAAACCUUUGACAAUGUACAGAGGUGGCUCCGUGAAUUGAGGGAUCAUGCUGACUCUAACAUUGUCAUCAUGAUGGCUGGAAACAAAUGUGACCUAAAACAUCUUAGAGCAGUCUCAGAAGAGGAUGGUCAGGGCUUGGCUGAGAGGGAAGAACUCUCAUUUCUUGAGACAUCAGCAUUGGAAGCAACCAACAUCGAGAAAGCUUUCCAAACCAUUUUGACAGAAAUUUACCAUAUCAUAAGCAAGAAGGCACUGGCAGCCCAGGAAGCGGCAGCCUCCACUGCACUCCCGGGCCAAGGAACCACUAUUAAUGUCAAUGAUGCAUCAGGGAAUCAGAACAAGAAAACUUGCUGUUCCACUUAGGGUGACAUUCGAGGGAGAGAAAACAAUCUGCGAGCAAUGAGACAUUUUUUUUGGGUGAGAAUCUUGUAGAAUAUUUUCUCCAUUGAGUUCUGAUAAGGAGGCUUGUGAAACUUAAAAACUAGAGUGUUGUUAGUAGCUUAGGAGGAUCACUUUCUUCUACGCACCAUUUCUUAUUAUGUUGCCUUAAUAGUGGAACUGACUGAUACCGAAGAAGUCACGUGGGAAACUGAACUGGGGGGGAAUAGUUUGGCAGUGGGCAGAGGAGGCAUCGCAAGUUUAGUGUUUCCUUUUUAGUUUUUGUUAGUUGGGUUGUCUUUUUUCUUUACUUGUAAUAAAAGCUCGUUACCUUUUUCACAUACCCUUCCAUGGCACGUUUCCUCUCUACACGUCUUGCACUCACUGAUGUAAAACCAAAAAGAUAUAAUGGUGAAGGAGCUUUCCAACCUGUAGAUUGAUCUGUACUAUUUAAUUGAUGGACCAUUUCCAAA